GGAAAACAACUUGCAAUUCCUGAAGUUGGCACUCACGGCUGAGGAGACAGGUGUGCGACAUCAUCCCGCUCUCGCUUGCACGCGGUCUCGGUUCCUUUUCCACAAGCUCACUGCUUAGGCCUUUCGGUGCGGACGACCGCAAGAUGCCUGCGCCACUCCUUUCCACUUCGCAAGCAUCUUACAUUCUUAGCGGUCUUCUCCAGCCAUUUGGGAAUGUAGGAUCUGCCUCGCAUGCGCCAACACAACGCAGCGAUUUACGACCUCUGCAUGCUUUCCGCUCGAUCCACCUGCAGACGGACGUUGUACCCACUGCGAACGCCUCCGCGCGGGUCAACCUUGGUGGGACUGACGUCACGGUAGGCAUUAGCUGCCAGGUCGAUAUCGACACCAAAGGUAUGGGUUCGAGCUCGGGCAAAGCAAGAGGUGGCAUGGAAUGCUCUGUUCAAUUCUCAAAUGCCCUGGUCCAUUCCCCCCUUCCGACACCUACACCAUCACUCGACGCUCUUUCUGUCUCCCUCACAUCUCUUCUCACAACUUUGGGUGCAUCUGUUCCGCUGGACGACCUCUGCAUCACUCCACCGCCCAAUGCGCGCUACUGGAUCUUGAACAUCGACGCGUUCAUCACUUCCCUUUCUGGUGGGAAUGUAGAAGAUGCGCUUGUGCUGGCCGCCAACGCCGCCUUGCAACUGACGCGUAUCCCUCGCACAAGAGCGGUCAGCUAUGAAGCCAAUAGCGCAUGCGCGGCAGCGGAAAAAGGAAAGGGCGCAGGGGCAGUCGCUGGCUCUGGAUCCAUUCUGGCCGGUGCGAUCGGACUAGGAGCGGGCACAGAUACCGUAGCACGCGAUCCACUGGGCGUUAAUGACGCACUUUCUCAGCGAGUGUCAAAGGCCAUCGAUUUCGAAUUACUGGACCUGACUCCAGAAUCAGGAGGCCGAACGCUGUCCAACCGCAAUGACUUGCCCGUUUGUGUGACCGUCUGUCUGCUGCCGGUAGAACAAGGUGCACAGCCUCAGCCUGAGGUUGGCAGCAAGGCGCACAGCGUAGGAAGUGGCGGCAGCGCAGGUGCACAUGCAGCAUUCUCGGCAUAUGUGCUCGACCCGACGCUCGAGGAACAAGACGUGCUCGGCACACGCGUACAUGUGCUCGCGGACAAGAACGGGAGGGUGCAUGGGGUCCUGCACUCUGCGGGCGCGAGUGUCGAGGCGCCACCGCUCGAGCAACAAGCGCAAGCGGAGGGAACUCCCAUGCAAGGCCGCAAGAGUGCGAUGGUGACAAGUUCGGUAAUGGGAACGGAUCAGGCAGCUGUCCGCGCGGCUGUCCGCGCCGGUGCGAAGCAUGCCUGCGCGCUCGCCGAGCUUGUCCGUGUGCAGCUAAGUGAGCAGGAGAAGCUGUGAUGAGCUCAGCAUCUGUUUAUACACAUCUGCAUGUUACAUUUUGAGGUCUUCGAGUAU